GGAACGGCUGUGUGACGCUCACGCUUCACUCGGCCUUCUUAAAGUGGUGCACUUUCCCGUUCCGCCUUGCGCGGCGUGUUCUCGUGGGUCAGUGAGACCCAGAAGAGGUUUUUCGCUGUCGGGAGGUCGCGGACGGUUGUUCCGCGGCUGUCAUCAUGCCACAAAAUGAACAUAUUGAAUUACACCGUAAACGCUAUGGAUAUCGUUUGGAUUACCAUGAGAAAAAGAGAAAGAAAGAAAGUCGGGAGGCCCAUGAACGUUCAAAGAAGGCAAAGAAAAUGAUUGGCCUGAAGGCUAAGCUCUACCAUAAGCAGCGCCAUGCUGAGAAAAUACAAAUGAAAAAGACUAUUAAGAUGCAUGAAAAGAGAAACACCAAGCAAAAGAAUGAUGAAAAGACCCCACAAGGAGCAGUGCCUGCCUACCUGCUGGACAGAGAGGGGCAGUCUAGGGCAAAAGUGCUUUCCAACAUGAUUAAGCAGAAACGAAAAGAGAAGGCGGGAAAAUGGGAAGUCCCUCUACCCAAAGUUCGUGCCCAAGGAGAAACAGAAGUAUUGAAAGUUAUUCGAACAGGAAAAAGAAAAAAGAAGGCAUGGAAGAGGAUGGUUACUAAAGUCUGCUUUGUUGGUGAUGGUUUUACCAGAAAACCGCCUAAAUAUGAAAGGUUUAUCAGGCCGAUGGGUCUGCGUUUCAAAAAAGCUCAUGUCACACAUCCUGAGCUGAAAGCUACCUUUUGCUUGCCAAUACUUGGUGUGAAAAAGAAUCCAUCAUCCCCAUUAUAUACAACUCUGGGUGUAAUCACCAAAGGUACAGUUAUUGAAGUGAAUGUGAGCGAGUUGGGCCUUGUGACACAAGGAGGCAAGGUUAUUUGGGGAAAGUAUGCCCAAGUUACCAACAAUCCUGAAAACGAUGGGUGCAUAAAUGCAGUCUUGCUGGUUUGAUAGUGACUUCUACUGAGAACUACGCACCGUUAGGAAAACAUCAUCACUGUGAUCUUUCUGAAUACUACCAAGGUGCCUACCCAUGAGCAGUCAUCGAGGAGUAUUUGUUACAUUGUAAAUAAAAAAUAAAAACUG